CUGAUUCUGUUGUUUCCACCUCUGCAAUGGUGAAAUUGAGGAUCAAAUCUCUUAUGGCCAAAAUGUCGAUUCCACAUAUUUCUCUGGUUCAAUUCUGGUCACAUAUCCAGGUCAACGGAUCGACUUUCCUGUCCACUGUGGAUCAACUAUUUGUUUUCAAUAAGGAACUUGAUAAGAGGCUUUCUUCAUACAGGAGGCUCUGUCUCGAUACUUCCCAUUGACUACUACAAGGAAGCUCUAGUUGCCCCCCCUGUGCGAGUUUUCAGAAGAUGGUUGCCAGAAUAUAACCAGGACGUCAAAAGCUACUCCGCUGCAGAGUUUCCACUGCUUCAAACUGCAAUUCGCUUGGGAUUACAUUCUUAUUAUGCAUUUCCACUCCUCAAACUCCCUGAUUAGGGGUGCCUUGGUGUAUUUGAGAUUGUAUCUACACAACCAUCUCUCCGUCUUCCCAACCUUAUUAAGGGGUUGAAUUUUGAAUCAGUUGGGUUGUACAUUCCUAACCCAAUAAACAUACUUCUUGGACUUUUAGAGGUAGAUUGUUGUUGCCAUCUUUAUUUUGGCGAAUCUAAACAAAAUAAAUGAAAGUACAUUCCUAAUUUCAUAGCUUAUGUUAUCAUUUUUAUAGCAGCCGGUUGAAGAAAGACUUGACGAAAUAGAGGGGUUAUAUGAGAUCCUUGAAAGACAUGGUUUACUCUUUGCUCAAAUUUGGAUUCCUUUUUCUCCAUCUGGCUCUUUAAAAUUCUUGUAUUGUGCUGCUGCCUCCAAUCAAUAAACAUUUGAGUUCAAUGUAUCAUGAUGUUGAAUAUGCUUCUGGGGUCUGUUUUAUUGAGAGUGGUAAGGUGUUGGUUGGGAGGGCAUUUGCAUCCCAAGGUUCAUGCUUUUGCAAAGAUGUUACUAAAUUAAGCUUCAAAGAGUACCCUUUGGUGCCUAGUGCACGAAAAGUUAGAUUCACUCAGAGUUUUGCAAUUUUUUUGCAAAGUAAAUGCGCCAACGAUAUUGUUUACGUAGUAGAGUACUUUCUGCCCCCAACAAAAUGUUUGCUAGAGAUGCAAAGACUUUCUUAAACUUUCUUUUAUCCACAAUGAACGAACUACUUCCAGGUUUCAUAGUUGCUUCUGGAGAUGAACUAGGGCAGAGGAUGCUUGUUGAAGUUGUCAGAGUUUCUCCGAGAGAUGAACUUGACUCCUUUGAAAUAGGCAAACGUCUGCCAAGUGUUCAAUCACUUCAGGAUGGAGGAGAAACAACAGAAAUUGAUUCUUUCUAUCAACAGUCAAAUUUACAGAACGGGGAGAAUAAUGGUGCUAAUGCACCACUGGUUUCUUCUUGUUUAUCACACAAGUGUGACUCACUCAACUGUGAAAGGACAGUCGAAGUUGAUCUGUUACUUCGUCAUCCAAUAGGUGAAGCUGUGAAAAAUAGAGGAAAUGCAAGUGAGGAUACAAGUGAAAUGAUGCAACUUGAUUCACACUUUGAGCAACCAAAUUUAGAAAUUAAUUCUGCGGCAAAUGCAACGACUAACAACGACAAUAGCCAUUCACAUAAGAACAACGCAAUACAAAGGAUAGAAAAAGAUCAUGGGAUUACUCGCAAGAUUCUGGAGCAGCAUUUUGGCAUGAUUCUUCAAGAUGCUGCCAAAGAUCUACGUGUUAGUCGAGCAACACUGAAACGAAUAUGUAGAGAAUAUGAAAUCUCUAGAUGGCCACAUCACAAGACUAGAAAGGUUAAUGUCCAUGUUAGCCACGGCGUAUCUUUUCAAGGUGCUGAACCAUAUGUGGGUGAUCACCAUUGUCCUGCUCUUUCCCAAGAAAAAGGCACCGAAUAUUUGGGUAACAAGAACUUUCCUGCAACAGGAAAAUCUUGUGAUAGUGUGAUGAUUUUAAAUGUUACAUAUAGAGGUGAUAUUAUAAUGUUUCAACUCUCCCUUUCAUCAACGAGGGUAGAAUUGGAGGGGGAAGUGGAAAAGAGGCUUAAGAUAUCACUUGAAAGGUUUUCAAUAAAGUAUCAAGAUGAAGAUAACGAUUGGAUUUUGAUAACUACUGAUUCAGAUUUGAGGGAUGUGAUGCAUUCACUAAGAUCGUUGGGAAGGACUACUAUGAGAUUACUGGUUACCCUAGAAGCUGACACAUGAAAGAUUUUCCUGAAGGUGAUGCAAGGGUCAUUCUAGUAUUGUCUCUUCCAUUUGCAGUAUGCUAUCACCACUGCAGGAGGAGAUGAAAUCGGACUCCACGGCUUCAGAGAUUUCAGAUGACUAUCAUCUCUGUGUGAGAGUCAGCUUACAAUGACAGUAACACCGGAGGUGGCUGAUAUCGUGAAAUCACAUCAGGACUCACAGUUUCCUGUUCUUGUUGCUGGAGAAACAAUAGGAGCUUGACAUGGAGUUUGACCUCAAGGUGUUCGAUGUCAAGCUCCUUAAAUUGUAGCUAAUGAACCGGCUACCAAGACACUAUUCAUA